CAACGAGUGUCGCUUUUCCAAGUGAGACUUGAGGUCGUUGAACAACUUCAAAUUCAGAAAUCCCAGCUUGAAUUGAAAUGUCUUGGAGCGUUAAGGGAGGCAAGGGUUUGGGAAAGGGAGGAGCCAAACGGCACCGUAAGGUCCUUCGCGAUAUCAUCCAAGGCAUCACCGAGCCGGCCAUUCGUCGUUUGGCUCGUAAAGGAGGUGUGAAGCGUAUCAACGGUCUUAUCUACGAGACAAGUAAAUCCCUUAGUAAUUUUACACGUGGCGUGCUCAAAAUCUUCCUCGAGAACGUGAUCAGAGACGUCGUGACCUACACUAAGCACGCUCGCCGCAAGACGGUGACGGCCAUGAAUGUGGUCUACGCCUUGAAGAGGCAGCGCAGGACCCUCUACGGUUUCAGUGGCUAG